AUGAAUAAAAUUAGUAUUAAACUUGUAAAACUUGAUGGUACAGGAAAACUAGGAGUCUACGCAGUCUUUACAUUCUUCCUGGUCUUUGGACUUAUUAUUCUCACCGAGAUCUUCCUAGUGGAUGUUAAUAAAUCAGGGGUGUUGUUUCCCACUUGGGGUUUUCGGGGUCCUUUGUAUAUUGCCAGGAAUCCAUUAGUUCAGCAGAUAGUUGCUAGUCGGCAGCAGUACAAAUAUACAGAUAAUAUUACACUAAAGGUUGAUCCUAGUUUGCUUUAUCACACAGGCCUAGAUGCAGUCUGGCAACCAGUAAAUGGGACUAAGCACAAGUUUUAUGUAUAUUCUGCAUAUUAUGAUGGUCGUGAUAAGAAGCCAACAAUUCGUGUGAUAUCUGCAACAAAAACUAAAAAAUCUGAAAAGGUUUGGUGCAAACUAUACUUUAAAGAUAAGCAGUCUAUUCUCGUGCCGGCUGUGAUAUCAACAAUCAGAGAAAACUGGAAUCUAAAAUAUUCUGCAACUUUCCUCAACUGUCAAUUGUUCAACAAAACCUCACAAACAUAUUUAGGAAAUUAUGGAAACAAACUUUUUAAAACUUUAAUCUCAAUUUAUGCAGUUGAGGCAAUGAAAUAUUUUAUUGCUAUGAAUGAUUUGAGUUUUUUAAGAUUUAUUAUUUAUGAUAUGAUACUAAAGCAUUGUUUGUAUUCAGGCAUAGUUGAGCCAAAUAAUACAAAGAUUGGAGUUUGUGUGAAACCAAUCCACUACAACUACAAUAAAACUUUUCAGUUUAUUCAGUUUAUAGAACUAAACAAACUUCUAGGUGUUUCAAGAUUUACUCUGUACAAUUCCACGAUGAGUAUUGGUAUGUCCUGUGUUCUAAACUACUAUGUACAACAGGGUACGGUUCAGCUACUUCCCUGGAACCUGAAUAUUCCGUCACAAACUGAAAUCAGAACCGAGGGACUGUUUGCAGCAUUAAAUGACUGUUUGUACAGAAACAUGAAUACUGUCAAAUAUCUGAUGUUAAUAGACUUUGAUGAAUUCAUAAUUCCUCACCAGGUAACUAUGGAAACUGUCCAUUUACUGCUUGAUUUAAAGGUUGCAAGCAAGCAAGCAAAAAUCGAUGAGAAUUUUGCCAAUUACUUCUUAAAACACAAAGCUAACAACAAAUCAGGAAAGCCAGUUAAUCCAUCAGAGGUUGCAUCAUACAGUUUUCAAAAUUCAUUUUUCUACCUUCAAUGGGAGAAUGAUGGAUCGUUUUCCUCCAACCAAGAGUUAACUGCGCUCUCAAAAACCAAGAGAAAAUUGAAAUUCCAUCCUCCAAAGCAAAGAUCUAAGUAUAUCUGCAUUCCUUCUCAAGUUGUUGAAGCAGGAAAUCAUUUUGUCUGGGAGUUCAAACAUGGCAGAACACUGAAUGUUCCCACAAGUACAGGCUUCCUUCAUCAUUACAGAGUUUGUGAAUUUGGAGGGAAUGAUUGCAUAAAAAAUGCUCAUGUUGAAGAUAAAAGAAUUCCUAAUAUUUGGGGUCGGCAACUACUCAACAAUAUUAAAAGGCGUAGUGAGGAGACAAACUGUGAUUUAAGAUUUAAUAAUUUUGAUAAUCCUUGAUUUUAACAUGAAAAUAAAUGGAUAAAAUUAAA